GGGUCCGAGGCGCCAUCAGACAAGAGGCAAUCGUUGGCGGUGGCUCUUCUAGCAAUGGCUUGACGAUCAUGACUUGUGGAGAUCCUGGUAAGUACGCAGUUACGACUCAUCGUGCCUUUGCGAAGGAGUUUCUGUGGGAUUACGUCACUGUAUCUCAUGCCUCUUCCUUUUCCAUUCGGUUCUACACAGAAACAGGUGGCUUUUGCUCCUUCACAUCGUAUCUAGUGGCAGACUUCUACCGACCACCAACGUUUCCUCCAACCCCAUUCCCCUCAUCAGCCGGAGGAGGAAGAGGUAACGGCGCCCCGCCGUGCGAACACUGUUUAGUUUGUCAUGAAAGUACUGGUACUCCCGAAAUAACCACCGAAAAGUUGGUGCAUGGGUUUUGUAUUUACAAAGAAGCGAAUACUACCAUGAACUUGAACCAGAGGUCUUCCACAACUUGGUAUUACAAUUGGGGUGCGUAUACUAAUAGCAUCCCUAACUUCAGCAGCGAAACGCGACUGUUUGAAGACUCGAAUUAUUUUCCAGAAAUAAUGUACAACGGCACCGAGACCGAGAUUCCUCCAGACGAGGAGUUUUGCGAGGGUGGAUAUUUCUACAGGGCCGAUCAUUACGAAGUAAGUUUAUCCAUUUGUUUACGAGACAACCGAAACAGUCCCAAAUCCAUGGUAUUUCACAACAUGAAUUUGUCACGAAUAGUCGAAUCUGAAUUUCCAAUGUGACUAAAACGCAUCGUCGCAUCCGCGAUUGAUUCCUUGAUUUGCCUCUCUUCCGCAUAGGAGGAGGACGUAAAACAAACUCUUAUUUCGAUUAAGAAGUUAGGAGUUUAUGAUUCCUCCGAAGAUGUGGGAGUGACAUUUUGCACCAUGGUCACGACGGACACAGCCCGAGAUGGGGGGCUCAAUGACCAUUUCAUGUCUACAUACUACGAUCCAACACCAGGCCUGACAUUCGAACUGGGUGCAAACGCACACACGUUUUCGGGUCUAAUUGGUUGGACAAAUGUUGCAGGAUACAACUACGAAGGUAGCGACGCAAUAUACGAAAGGUUCGGAUGGAAUCAAGAUGUCCAUGUCAUAGUCGACUGCCCGAACAGCUUUUGCUACUCCACGUAUCAAGGUUAUUUCUACCUGCCGAAUGCUGAUAAAAAUGGUUAUCCCUUGACCAGCGGCCUUGUCUUUAGACUGACGGUGGAAGAAGGAGGUGUAUGGGUCUAUACGCCAAGGUACCGUUUGACCGACACAACCAACGCCGCAGCCUACCAAAAAACGUAUGGAGUCUUUACCGGUGAGACAAUUACUUUGGCCUAUGCGCCCACCGGGUACGGAAAAGGAUACUGGUAUAGAGAGGGCGAAAACGCACAAUUCAACGCCACCAAAAAUCAAUUCUCCAUCAACGGUGGUGACGCAACCGUCGAUCCCCAUGACAUGAACGUCCUCUGUUACGAUUAUACCGGCGAUAUGUGCUCUUAUUAUCCUUCCUAUGACGAAUUUUGGGAUAACCAACUUUUUCUCGAGGGAGGCGGAAGUCGAUUUCUCGAGGAAGACGCAGACAACGCAGACGAACCAAACGGUUCCUUCGGGGAAGAAGAUUCCAACACCCGAGGCCUCGAAGGCCUCGAUGAUGCCGACGAGUAUGCCCUCGUGGGCGGAGAGGGCACGAUCCUUCUGGACUUUAGCAGACGCCGAAACCUGGACGGAGCCCAGGGCCGUUCGCUGCAGGCUGCCGAAGAGCCGGUGCUCAGGACGUUCUCCCUCGACGCCACGGUGGCUCCGGGAACCGACGAGAUUGGUUCUCUGCGAACCGCUGGUGGCAACCGUUUGCAGAAAUCAAUGGGGGUUCUUGGGUUCCUAGCCUGGGCAACAGCUGUGGCGGUCCUCGUGUGGUAGGGGAACCGUCGGGUCCGUCUCCGGCAGGGAAAAAGGGAACCAACGAUGUUUGAAUGCACGAGUAAUGCGUCUCCUAGUUCUGUAUUU